AUGAAUCCUGGAACCUCACGGCACGAACAGAGCUCAACUCUACAGCAAAUCUUGAUUGCCGAUUACAGAAAAAAUCCACUGACACGAACAGGGAAAAUAACCGAAUCAUCUCAAGAAAAGCGAAAGGUUGUUGGACAUUCGUUCGGCCAGCCGUACCUCGACACAAAAUGCGAAUCGGAACAAAGUAUGGGAACCGAGAGAGUGGGCCCACCCAAACACUCACAUAGUGUCCAGAAGCCUCGACUCGGGAUUAAUAGAUCACUUGAUGGUGAUGGUGAUAAUUUUGAUGAUGAUAAUGAGCUCGUCAAGUACAUGUCAAAUUUACCUGCCUUUCUCCAGCACAUGGAGAAGGGACGUAGUAACGUUCAAGACAAGGCGCUGAAUUUUGGUGUGCUCGACUGGAAGCUUCUGGAGAAAUGGAAGUAUAACGAGCGCAUGCCCACUGGGAAAUAUCCUCAAAAGGGAUCAUCAUCAAGCAGCAAUAUUCGGAUAGGCCGAGACCCGAUAAAGCAGUCAUCUUUCUCACAUGGUUCUCGAUUUGGUUCGCCCAAGGAAGAAAGAAAUGUGAGUCAUCAUCACCAGGGUGAAAAAUAUGUUGAGCUCGUUCGGUCUAAUAGAGGAAAAGAAACAUGCAAUCGAGAAUAUCGAGCUGACCAUUUUCAUCAGAGAGCCAAGUCUUAUGGGGAGACAAAUGUGUGUAGCAGCAAGAGGAAAGAUUUAAAGAAGGAGAUUUUGUCAAAAGAAGAAACUUUACAAAGCAAUAGUUAUUAUGCUCAUGGGAAAAGGAAGGUGACGAGGUCUGGUGAAAUAAAAUUAAAGCCGAGUCAUUUCGAAAGAGAUGAAUCUAAGACAUCUCUUGAUGAUGUGCAAUCAGCAGAAAUGGUGGGGACUCGAUUAUCUGAUUUUUUCUAUCCUCAAGAGCUGAAAUCUGGUGAAAUUAACCUGAGUGCAUCAGAAAGUAAACAUUCAUUGGCACAUGAAGAAAACGUUAGCAGCCCAUCUUCUUUUCUCGAGUCGUCUUCUGAUAAAAAUCAACAAACCGAAUAUGCUAAAACUCUCGCUCCAAAAGAAAGUCCCCCCUCACCCACCCGUCGUUUUAGCUUCCACUUGGGGAGGAUGAGCAAAAGUCUUAGCUUCAAAGAUAACUCUGCAGUACCUCAAUUGAGUUCAGAAUACACGAGCAUCAAAUCCGGCCCGGUGAGGCCCAAAACCUCCUCUGGCCCAGAUAAUAAUAAUAAACUCAAAAGUGACUGCAGCCGAGCGAGAUCCAGCCCGUUGAGAAGAUUGCUGGACCCACUGCUGAAGCACAAAGUGAACCACCCAGCCGAGCCCGUUUCCAUAGGCCUGUCUCAAGAUCGGAAGCCCGAGAGACCCACUACCACUACUUUAUUAGCUCUUCUGCAGAUAACUUUGAAAAACGGGCUUCCUUUUUUUAAACUAGUGGUCAACAGUAGCAAUGAGAUGUUAGCUGCUACAGUGAAGAGGCUGCCGGUAUAUGGGAAAACCAAUUCUUGCAUGAUGUACGUGUUCUAUUCCGUUCACGAGGUUAAGACGAAAAAGGGCAUAAGCUGGAUUAAUCAAGGCUCGAAGAGUAAUAAAAAAAGCUGCAAUCUUGGAUACAACAUUGUUGGGGAGAUGAAAAUUUCGAGCUCGAGCGAAUGCGGUUCGAAGGAAUGCGUACUUUACUGUGUUGAGAAUGAACCUGAAAAGGAACUUGCUGCUGUUAUUGUUGGGAAAACAGGUAAACAGACGGAGCGUGAGGAAAACAAUAUGAACGAUAAUGGUGGCACUGUUGUAAUUCUUCCGGGUGGAGUUCAUGGCUUGCCGAAUGAAGGUUUUUUACCCUCGUCGUUGAUUAGCAGAUGGAGAUUCGGAGGGUCGUGUGAUUGUGGAGGAUGGGAUAUUGGCUGCACGCUUCGUGUACUCGUUGACUGUAAAAAAACAAGUAGCCAUUGUCUUCAAUCAUCAGAACCGAGCUCUAGUAUCGAUUACAUCAAUCUUUACUCAGAGGGUGGAGAAAAAGGGAGCAAGCCUGUUUUCACAAUGAAGCCAUUUAGCAAUGGGUAUUAUUCAAUCGAGCUCGAUGCAUCGAUUUCUUUGCUGGAGGCAUUUGCCACUUGUGUUGCGCACGUGACCUGUUUGAAAUUCGCUGAACUUACGGAUGCGAAAAGCUCGGGUUCUCAAUAUUUACCCGAGGCAUUAUUAGCCGAAGCUGACAAAAGGAAAACAACAACUGUUACAUGCCCGCCAUUAUCUCCUGCCGGAAGGAUUUAA